AUGUCGUCCGUUCGUACUCAACCAUUGCAGCCAUUGAAUAAUGGCCAGUUAAAUAGCAGAGCCAACAAUAUCACACCAAUUAAACCCGUCAGACACAACAAGGAAAACCAAGAAGAAGUCAAAACCAAAAAGAAGAAGGAAAAAUUAUCAGCGUUAUGUAAGACGCCUCCAUCGAUCGUCAGAACCAGAAAUGGUAGAGAUUACCGCCGUGGAACAUUUUUAGGAGAAGGUGGAUUUGCCCGUUGUUUCCAGAUGAAAGAUUCUUCAGGUAAGAUCUAUGCUGCUAAGACAGUUGCCAAAGCAUCUAUUAAGAAUGAAAAAACGAAGACUAAGUUGUUAUCAGAAAUCAAAAUUCAUAAGUCGUUAAAGCAUUCCAAUAUCGUCAAUUUUAUUGAUUGUUUCGAAGAUGAUGUAAAUGUAUACAUUUUAUUAGAAAUAUGCCCUAACCAAUCGUUAAUGGAAUUAUUAAAGACAAGAAAGAGAGUAUCAGAACCUGAAGUUAGAUACUUCAUGGUUCAAAUGGUCGGCGCUAUUAAAUAUUUACAUUCGAGAAGAGUCAUUCACAGGGAUUUGAAGUUAGGAAACGUUUUCUUUGACCCUGAUAUGAAUUUAAAGAUUGGUGAUUUUGGUUUAGCCUCUAUAUUACCAUCGCUUGAGUCGAGAAAGUAUACUAUUUGUGGAACACCAAACUAUAUUGCACCAGAAGUAUUAGGUGGUAAAAACGUAGGCCACAGUUUCGAAGUCGAUAUCUGGGCUUUGGGUAUUAUGUUAUAUGCAUUGCUUGUCGGAAAACCACCUUUCCAAGCAAAGGAUGUUCAAGUUAUCUAUGAAAGGAUCAAGAAAACAGAAUAUAGCUUUCCAGUUGACAAACCAAUUUCAGAAGAGGCUAAAGUCUUAAUUAAGGACUUGUUGAGUUUAAACCCAUUACACAGACCUAACAUCAAUGAGAUUUUAAAUUACGAUUGGUUCAAGGGAUCUUUCCCAGAUAAGACUCAUGAAAUAAGUUUAAACGGUACCCCAGAAGGUAUUGAUAAUAUUUCAAAGGCUCAGUCGGCCAUUAAUUUUACCAAUACGAAAGCUAGCUGCGGCAUUUAUACGCCAAAGACCAAGAAUCCAGUUGAAAUUUUAAGAUCUGAUUUGCAUUCUGAACAACCUAGGGCUAUGUUACCAAAAUCUUUAUCACCGGGCGACACAAGAAACAAAUACCAAGAAGUUGACCCUGCACAACUUGGUAAGCCAAGAAGGGUUAACUUUAACAGUACCUACUCAACCACCAUCAAACGUCUUAACCAGAUCUGCUUUGAAACAUACCAAAAUAUGAGAAGACUUGAAUAUUCGAAGCAUGAUAGAAUAGAUACAAUGGAAUUGCCAAGUUGCGAAAAUCCGACCUUGAUCAGUAAAUGGGUAGAUUAUUCGAAUAAAUACGGAUUUUCUUACCAAUUAACAAAUGAUGACAUAGGUGUAUUAUUUAAUGAUGAAAACACAUUUUUAAAGUUACACAGCUCCGGCAGAUUUCUUGAAUUAAUUUACCAUGAAGGCGAAGGGUGGACAUGCAUAGAAAACUCAUCAAGUCAUCCACCAUCCCAGGUGAAGAGACAAUUAGAAAUUGUUGAUUUUUUUGCUAAAUAUAUGAAUAGUAAUUUAUCCAAGGUUAGUGAAAACGAAGAGAGAAAGGAAACCGUCUUCUUGAGACGUUAUACCAGAACCUCAGAAUAUAUUAUGUUUGAAAUGACGAACGGUAACUUCCAGUUUAAUUUUAAGGAUCACCACAAAGUUUGCAUCUCAAAAUCUGGUUUAGCUAUCACUCACAUUUCACCUAACCGCAUAACCCAAACUCACCCUUUGAUUUUCAUUUUAAAGCACGGUGAUUUCCCAUCCACUGAGGUUCCUAACUGUUUGGAAAAAAUUGCCAUCAUCAAGGAAGCAAUCAAAAGAAAAGCAUUCAAAGAGUAA